UUCCAUAUUUUAACGAUUCGAUAUUUUGUCCGGACACGUCAAUUUUUAGCGCUCAACUGUCCAUUUUUAAAGUUUAUCAAUCCUUGGCGUAAUGUUAUUAAUUUACAUAUUUUUUUUAUUCAAAAUUUUUUUUUGUUUUUCGUGACGAAAUUUUUUUUGCUGAAAUUAUUUUAUUACAACCGAAAAAUAUUAAUUUAUCAAAAUUGAUUUUCGCCGAUAAUUUAUCUUAAUUUCUGUCUUCUAUUAAUUUAUUUCUCCUCAAUCUUUUUAUAAUUUCUCCCCAAUUAUCUAUACAUAUAUCAAUUUCUUUACAUGUAAUCGUUCCAUUUUUAUUAAAAAUAUUCCACCUCUUUUUGGUUGCGGGAAUAAAAGUUCGCUACUUUUUGUCCGCAACUCUAUGUCCGCAACAAAAAAUCCGUAAUUUUUUAUACGCAACUUUUAUGUCCGCAACUCUAUUCCGCAAUUCUUAUUUUUCGCAAUUUUUGUCCGCAAUUUUCAUUUAUUUUUCAUUUUAUAAUUACUUACAAUAAUUUUUAUUUUUAUUUUUUUCAGAUUAAUUUUAAAUAAAAAAAUUCUUUUCUUUAUUUAAAUAAUUUCUAAAAAAUGUCUCUCGAAGAAAAAUUUCAAGCAGCAGUUGAUAUUGUUCAAAAAUUGCCUAAAGAAGGUCCUCUACAAACUUCAAACGACCAAAAACUUAAAUUCUACUCGUUGUUCAAGCAAGCUACAAUUGGAAAUGUUAACACUGAGAGGCCUGGAAUUUUUAGUCUUGUUGAACGGAAGAAAUGGGAUGCUUGGAAAGCAGUUGAAGGAAAAUCUAAGGAAGAAGCGCAACAGGCUUAUGUUGAGACUUUAUUGGAAAUGUUUGAUGAUAUUGGCGAGAAGUUCAACGUCGGUGAAUGGCUUGCUAAAUUGGAUCCUUCAAUUAAAUCAAAUUUGGCUAUUCUUGGCAAAAAUUAUUGACGAGGAGAGGGAAAUUGAGAGAAGAUUCUGCGUGGAUUUUCGGUUU